UUCCCCACGCAUCACUUAUUCUCCCCCGUCCCUAUUCCGACCCCUCUAAGCCCCCUCUCUCUCCCUUUCUCUCUCUCUCUCUCUCUCUCUAAACCCUACUCUCGUCUCCUUCCCCCUCCUCAAAUCAAACCCGCCCAUGGCGACGACGCCGUCUCUGCUCCCGCAGCCGGAAUCCGCGGCGCCGAAGGAGGGCGCCGCCGCCGCCGCCGCCGACGGCGGCGGAGGAGGGGUGGUGGCGGCGGUGCUGCGGCGGUGGAGGCGCGAGGAUCUCCUGGAGCGGGGCUCGCUCCUCCUCCGGGGCUCCGCGUGGGUGUUCUCGCUCAUCGCGCUCGUCGUCAUGGCCUCGAACAAGCACGGCGAUUGGAGGGACUUCCACCGCUACCAGGAGUACAGGUAUCUGGUGGUGAUCACGGCACUGGCGGUGCUGUACUUGACGGUGCAGGUGCUGAGGCAGGCCUACCAACUGAGCGGCAGAAUCGACCCGGUGCGAAAGCCGACUGCAGAGAUCAUCGAUUUCGCAGGAGAUCAGCUGAUGGCGUACCUGCUCAUCUCUGCACUAUCUGCUGCUAUUCCUCUCACGGAUCGCCUCCACAGAGUCAUACAUAACACAUUCGUCGAUUCAUGCGCCGCCUCGAUCAGCAUGGCCUUUUUCGCUUUCGUGGCCCUCGCUCUCUCAGCUCUCGUAUCUGGUUUUAGACUCUCCAAACAAUCGUACAUCUAACGUACCUACGUAGAGUAUACAUACCACUGUACGAUUCUCUCCAUCUCGCGAGUGUACUAUAAGGUGUGUGUAUUUGAUGCCUUUGUACAGUAGAGAAUAUUGGUGUCGAUAGUUUUACAUCUUUCAUUA